AUGCCUAAUGUUGUUUACAUUAGGUUUCAGUCCAAACCUGCCAAGUCUCUUCCAGAUGAGCUGGAGGAGUUUACUCAGAGCUCUGGAGAGCAUGGUGUUAUUAUCAUGUCCUUGUGAACAUUUGUUAGCAAACUCCCCAGUGAUAUAAUAGAAAAGAUAGCCGCUGCUUUUACCCAGCUCCCUCAGAAGGUUAUCUGGAGACACAUGGGUGACAGACCUGCUAACUUGGGCAACAAUACCCUACUGUUUACAUGGAUGCCUCAAAAUGAUCUCCUCAGUCAUCCCAAGACCAAACUACUUGUAUCACAUGGAGGAACCAAUGGGAUCUUUGAGGCAAUUUAUCAUGGCAUGCCAGUAGUGGGACUGCCAAUAUUUUUUUAUCAAUAUGACAAUCUUGCCCGGCUUCAGGUUCGAGGAGGAGCCAAAAUCCUUGAUGUCACUAAACUAGACAGAUAUACUUUUUUCCAGGCCUUGCAGGAAGUCCUCAGUGAGCCAUCUUACUGGAUGAACAUGCAGUGGGUCUCAAACCUGCAUCAGAAUCAGCCUAUGAAACCACUGGACAGUACCCACUACUGGAUAAAGUUUGUGAUGAGACACAAAGGUGCUGCUCAUCUAUGUGCAAAGUCCUUCAGACUGCCUUGGUUCACCUACUAUUCUGUGGAUGUUAUUAUGGCCUUGCUAGCAGCUGUGGUUAUCUUCAUACUCAUUAUAAUUGUAAUUUUCAGAUUUCUGUGA